AUGGUUAAACCCACUCUCGGAGUGAAAACCGACGAACCUUCAGUGGAAAACGCAUUCGAGUCACCCACGAGUUCCAUUUCACAAGUCGGAUCCAUACCAUCCGCGGCAUCCGCGUCCUCCGCGCCAAAUUGGAUACAGCAGCCGUCCGCUCCACCUACUCAGACUCCAGCGCAGAUCGAGGCGUAUCGCAACCUCGAAUUCCGUUGGGUCAUGCUUAUGCAGACGCUGAAGCCCGCUGGUGCAAGGAAGCAAAAGAAGGUCAAGAAAAUCGUCUGGGAAGGCGUCCCGAACAGCGUCCGUGGAAGGGUCUGGACGUUCCUGACUGAUGCGAAUGCCAGGAUGAUACCGGGCGUGUUCGAGAAACUUGCCAGUCGAGCGGGAGAUAGGACGGCGAUUAUGCUCAAAGAUCUUGAACGUCUCUUCCCUGAUCAACCCCACCUGCGCGACCCCAAUGGUUCUCUUGUUAAGCUGCUGCAGGCCUAUUUAUCAAUGGUGCCAGAUGUGCAGUACGAUCGUGAGCUCGCGAUGGUAGCGGGAAAUAUUCUGUCUCUCUCUCCAGAAGAAGACGCCUUCUGGACUUUCGUCGCCGUCAUGGACAACCAAAUCCGGCUUUACUUCGCUUUGAACCCAAUCCAGCUUGAUGUGGAUAGCCAACUGUUUAGCAAAGCUGUGGAAUGGAUGGACCCAUCCCUUGCGAAGUUGUUAUUCGAGCAAUACGGAGUGUCUCCUCACCUCCUCUGUAAAGCUUGGUUCGCGUCCAUAUUCUGCAGUGUCCUUCCGCCCUCACAUUUGCAGCGCGUCUGGGACGUGUAUCUUCUGGAAGGUCUUGGCUUCCUGUUCCGCACAGGUCUUCUUAUUCUACAAUCAGCUAAACGCCAUCUCAUGGCUUCACCUACGUUCCCUGCUUCAGCCCUGUCCUACCUUACGCGACCUCCGGCAGAUCUCUUUGAUCCCGACCCUGAAUCUUUCAUCAAUCGCGUUGCAUCCAUGCGAAUGCGUGACGACGAAUUGAAACGCUUGCGCCCCAAGAUCGAGGCGCGACUCAAGCAAACCAAUACCCCGCAAAGACCGCAGAUAGUCAAUAGGGAUAUCAUAAAGCCGCCCACUAUUCUCAGCGUGCACGACACCAAGAAAGCACUGGCCUCUGUUUCAUAA